UAAUAAUUUGAAUUAAAAAAUAAAAAAAAAAAUAGAAUAUUUAUGAAAACCUAAUACCGCUAAUUGUGUGUUUGGGUACAAAAAGGAAAUUUAUGCAAAUGAAUUAAAAAAAAAAAAAAAUAAUUGAAAAAAUAUACAAGUACAUACAUACAUACACACUUAUGUGCAUAUGUACAUAAUAUAUUUUGAGUUAUUGAAUAAAAUAGAAUCGGGCUGUGCUGUGCUCCAGUUUUUUAACCAUUUUUUUUUUUUGCGAUUUGCGACUUUGUGCUUGAAUUUUGAAAAUUUUCUUGUUUACAUCAAAGUGUACACGACGGUUUUUCAUUAUAAAAAGCAAAACACACUGAAAAAGAAAAAAAAAACACAGAGAAAAAAAAAACAAGUGAAAAUUUCAAUUUCAAAGUGUUUUUUAUAUUUUUUGUUUUUUUUUUUUUGAUUUGAGUUUAAAUUAAAAAUUUUCAUAAUUUUUCUGCACAUUGUAAUUGCUUUAUUAUAAAAACGAAAGAAAGAGUUGAUUGGUGUCUUAACAAUUAAAAAUCAUAAACAUAAAAGUCUAAGAAAAAAUAGAUCGCGAUGUCGAUUAGUUUUGAAAAACAUCGUGAAAAAUUAAUUUCUGCAUGGAAAGAUGUACUGGAUGACAAGAGCUCUACGGACUGGUCACUAUUUGGGUAUGAAGGUCAAACGAAUGAAUUGAAAUUAGUUAGCAGUGGUGAAGGUGGUUUAGAUGAAUUAUUAGAAGAUUUAAAUACCGGUAAAAUAAUGUAUGCAUUUGUAAGAAUUGAGGAUCGUAAAACGAGCCUUAGGAAAUAUUUAUUAAUUAAUUGGCAGGGUGAGGGUGCACCAGUCGUACGUAAAGGAACUUGUGCCAAUCAUAUUCAUGAUGUUAGUAAUUUUUUUACCGGUCAUCAUUUAACUAUAAAUGCACGUAAUGAAGAUGAUAUUGAUUUAGAACGUAUACAAAAGAAAUUAAGUACAGUAAGUUCAGCGUAUAGUUUUAAGGAACCAAGAAUGGUGCAUGAAGAACAGAAGACUCCAAUUGGUACAAACUAUUCAAGAGUUAUACCAGCUAAAGAAUUAAAUCCAGAAGAAAUGCACAAUUUCUGGAAGAAAGAAGAAGAAGAAGAAAAAAGACGUAUAGAAUUAGAAAGACAACGAAAGCAUGAAGAAUUGAUGAAAUUAGAAGAGGAGCAACGCCAACGUGAAGAAAAAGAACAUAGACUACGUGAAAUGCAAAUAACAAAUGGAAAUAAAUUGCAACCAGCUUAUAGUCCAAUUAAAACUUCACCACAACCAUUGAGCCCAGACAAGUCAAUGCCAAGUCCAACAAGAACAAUUACAGAAGCUGAACGUAUGCGUCAAUUGAGAAGUCAAGAAGCUAGAGAAUUAAUUGGAAGUACUGUAGGAAAUGCAAAAGCAAUAUUCACACAAAAUUCAACAGAUGGACAAAUACAAAAUAAAAAUGCUCCAAUAAAACCAGUUCGCAAUUCUAUAGCUCAACGUAUAAAUCAAUUGAAUAAUUCAUCACAAAAUGAAAGUGGAUCACCGGAAAUAAGAUCACCAAUUAAAAUACAACGGGAAAUUGUUAAAGAAGAACAAAAUAAUGAUGAAUAUGAACAAGAAAUAGAAAUCAAUAAUAAAAUAUCACCAUCACAAGAACAACAAUCAGAAUCAUUAUCACCAUCAACAAUAGCUGCUACUGUUAAUUCAGAUGAAUAUGAAAAUGAAGAUCAAUUUUCGACAAUAAAACGUUCGCCACAUAGUAAAACAAAUUCGGUAACAUCACCAACAAAUGAAGACAAUAAAUCACCAAAAGAAAUUGUUGAUAAUUUGGGUCAAAAUCAAGAAGUUUAUAUAACAAAUGGAAAUGGAAUUGUUAAUCAACAAGAAAACAAUGUGAAUAAUGAAAAUGAAUUCAUAGAUGAGGGAUUAAAAGCUUAUGCUUUAUAUGAUUAUCAAGCAGCUGACGAAACUGAAAUAACAUUUGAUCCAGGCGAUAUUAUAACACGUAUAGAUCAAAUUGAUGAAGGAUGGUGGUAUGGAAUGGGUCCCGAUGGAAUGUGCGGUUUAUUUCCAGCAAAUUAUGUUCAAUUAAUCGAGUAAAAUCAUAAUAGAAAACAAUAAUAGUCAAUCUAAUUGUAUUCAAUAUAAAAAGGGAAUUGAACAAUAUUAUAUACGUACAUUAUACUCAUAUAAUGAUUUUUUUUUUUAAAUUUUGAUAAAUCAAAAUUUAAGCAAUUGAAAAUAUGAAAUCAAUGAAAAUGAUUGUAUUAAUUAAAUAGUAUUCUCUUAGAAUAUUCAAAUAAUUGUUCAUGUUCUAAGGUGCAAAGUGUUGUUAAUUUGUAAAAGAUGUUAAUUUUUUUUUUAUAAUUUAUUUAAAUUAUUCUUUUUUUUUUUUGUAAUAUUCUUUUGAGCUUUUUUGAAUAAUUCAAUAUUUUUAUUUAUUUUAAAUUUUAAUAAAUUUUUUUACUAAAUAUUUUGCCAUAACUACUUUUAUUUUGAAAAUAAAUUUGAAUUUAUAAAA